AUAAGUACGAGGAGACCGAGCUGGCGCGCGCACUGACAGAGCAUCGUUCCCGUGUGCAUCCGCGCAGAAUCCUUGACCGAAGACGUCAUGCUACGAUUUAUUCUCCUCGGCGUUUUCGUCGGUCUGGCGUGGUCCGCGCCGGCACCGGCACCGAAACCGGCGCCCGCUCCUAAACCACUUACUCUCGUCUCGGAAUUGAAGACCCCGGCGUCGACCACCAAGCUCGCACCACUUGUCGCGCCGAUCGCCACACCGGUAAUCGCACCGGUUUCCCGUAUCGCAUACGCUACACCGGUUUUAUCACACGUAUCGCCAUACGCCUAUGCUUAUUCCGCGCCGAUCGCAGAGAUCCCGUCGAGUUACUCGAUCGAACAACAUGGGUACCAUAUUACCUACUGACCGCAAAAAUCAUCGUACCGGUAGCCGACGACCCCAGUGAAGCCCGUGUGGAAGUUUGUGUAGCAGCUCGCAGCUUAUCUCUCUUCAUCGAUAAUCAUCGCCUAUCGUGUAAUCUCAUUCACGCAAAAAAAAAAAGAACUUGAUGAAA